AAGAUGUUUCAAUCGCUCUCCCUCAAAUUGCAGAUAACCCUCACCCUUCUUCUAUUUCUACAAACCCUAACUACCACCUUCUGCAAUUCCCUCAUUUCUCCUUCAAAUCUCUGCUAAUUCAACUUUUUUUUGACUUUAAAUAUGGCUGUUCUGCUUAAUUCUGUGCCUCCCAUGACCAGCCUCUCCACAGAACACUUAAGAAAGUCUCAAUUUCAUUCCUUUUCCCCCAAAACUAGAUUUUCCAGAGUCUUAGCAUCUACCCAGGUAGCCUUAGCUUCAAAAGACGCUGUUUUUACCCUACCCAACUGGAGAUCAGGUCGGACCGAUCCAAAAAACAAAGAUUACAGGCUUAACGAUGCAUUCUUGUAUCUCGAAUACAUGGUUGGUAAAGGUCACAGACCUGAUGUAUAUCAUGCCACUCAACUCUUGUAUGAUCUUAGUAAAUCCAAAAAACUUAGGAAAGCCACUAGGGUUAUGGAGAUGAUAGUGGAUUCUGGGGGUGUUCCAGAUGCAGCUUCAUAUAAUUUCUUGGUGAGCCAGUUGUGUAAGAGAGGUAAUGUUGGGCAUGCAAUGCAGUUAGUGGAGAAGAUGGAGGAUCAUGGAUAUCCAACACAUACUGUUACCUAUAACUCUUUGGUUAGAGGCCUUUGUAUGCUUGGGAACUUGAAUCAGACCUUGCAAUUCAUUGAUAAAUUGAUUCAGAAAGGCCUGGUUCCUAAUGCAUUCACUUACUCAAUCUUGCUAGAGGCUGCUUACAAGGAAAGGGGAGUUGAUGAAGCUAUGAAGCUGUUAAAUGAUAUCAUUUCUAAAGGGGGCGAGCCUAAUUUGGUUAGCUAUAAUGUCUUGUUAACUGGGUUGUGCAAAGAAAAUAGAAUCAAUGAGGCACUUUCUUUCUUUAGGGAGUUACCUUCAAAAGGCUUUCCUCCAAAUGUUGUGACUUAUAAUAUUUUAUUGAGAAGCUUGUGUCGUGAAGGCCGAUGGGAUGAAGCAAAUGAGCUCUUGGCUGAGUUGGUUGAUGAGGGGUUAUCACCAUCUUUGGUUACAUACAAUAUCUUGAUCAGUUCUCUUGCUUUUCAUGGUAGAACUGAUAAUGCCCUUAAGGUGCUCAAUGAAAUGUCCAAGGGAGAGUUCAAACCCAUCGCUGCCACUUACAAUCCGAUCAUCGCACGGCUCUGUGAAGAAAAGAAGGUACAAGAUGUGAUGAAGUGUCUCGAUCUAAUGACUUAUAGGGAUUGCAGUCCAAACGAAGGAACUUACAAUGCCAUAGCGGGGCUAUGCAAAGAGGGUAUGGUGCAAGAAGCUUUCUCAAUCAUCAAUAGCUUGAGCAGUAAACAAAACUCCUCGAACCAUGAUUUCUACAAGAAUGUGAUAUCAGGAUUGUGUAGAAAAGGGAACACUUUUCCGGCAUUUCAGCUUCUUUACGAAAUGACCAGAUAUGGAUUUGCUCCAGAUUCUUAUACUUACUCAUCUUUGAUUAGAGGGUUGUGUAUGGAGGGAAUGUUAAAUGAGGCAAUGGAGGUGUUUAGCAUCAUGGAAGAAAGUAGUUACAGGGCUGAUAUCGAUAACUUCAAUGCGCUUAUACUUGGGCUCUGCAAAUCUCAGAGAACUGAUUUGUCUUUGGAGAUUUAUGAGAUGAUGAUAAAGAAGGGGUAUAUGCCUAAUGAGACAACAUAUACAAUUAUUGUGGAAGGGAUUGCCCAUGAAGAUGAGAAAGAGCUGGCAGCUCUAGUCCUGAGAGAGCUACAUUCUCGGCAAGUCAUGGGUCGAAAUACCGUAGACAGGCUUCUUAUGCAAUAUGAUUUUGAGGAUUUCGCAGGGUAAAUAGUAUAAAAUACAUAGGCAAAAUUGAACAUGAAUGGAGUAUGCUUUCAGCAAAUGUUAUGGCAUUUGCAGGUUGAAGGAUGGAGAUUUUGUUGUUUAAGUUGUUGCUUAUUGGGAAGUAUGAGGUAUGCUAAUGUUGUUUUGUUGAUGAUAACUUCACUAAUAACCCGUGGUAGAUUUUCGUUGAAACAACAGUAUCUCUAUUGUAUUAUAUAUCUCAUCUAAUAUGGUAAAAUUUUCAUAGCUGUUUCUUUGGUUUUCAACUGGGAUUCCUAAUAUCUGCGAGAUGCUCAUUACUGCUCAACUUUGGCAACACAAAUGUCAGUUUCAAGAUUCUGAGAGUAUAAUGUUGGUGGCAGGCCAAACUUAUUAAAUCUUGGUUUUGUUUUCAAUCAGAAUUACAUUGAUGAAUCCAUGAGUUAGAGGCCAUGGAAAACAUAAUUUUAUGAAUUAAUUUUACGAAAUAGUCCCAGAUAUGAUUCCUGAAGCAAAAUGUGUUGUUGAUCCUACAGCUAUAAUCAAACAAAAGUUGUGAAUAUGGUUGCAUC